AUGCCGGAAGGAUCCACGCCCGAAGGAGGCCCCGAGAAGACCUGGAAGAAGGCAGAGCGCAAGUUUACACAUAAGCCAGCGAGCGAAUUCUAUGACCCCUGUCAGGAUUUCGCCGACCGGAGUCUAAAGUGCUUGAAGCGCAACAACUUUGAGCGCGAGAUGUGUGGUGACUAUUUCCAGUAG